GGUCUUUUUGUCUCUAGUGCAGAUUAAACGUCACGUCCGCACUUGAACUUGAAUUUUAUCCCAUUGUACAGAGGCAGCCCCAGCCAUAGAGAGACCGAGAGCUCCCGGAGAACCCGGACUCCGCCAUCUUCACGGUGCCAUCUGUAGCUCCCCGUCCGCGCCCGCACCGACCCAGGCGCACCGGGCAGCGGCCCCUGAGCCCCGCUCGCCCUGGGCCCGCGGCGCCGGGGGAGCGCGGGGAGCGAGCGAGCGCUCGGGGACUCGGCAGCCUCCGGCCGGCGCCGGCCCGCCCGCCAGGUGACCUGGGAAGCAGCCGCGCUUGGAGUCCCCCCGAGCCUCGGAAGGGUCAGUCUCCGAGAAAAAAGCAGGCAGCCCGCAGAACACCCAGAAACAAGCGAGCCGCGGCAGUUUUCCAUCGCUUUGGGGUUUUUGAGGGGGCGGGGUGAGGGGGUACGAGACAAGUCCCCAAGUUUGCUUUGCUUUUUUUUCUUUGCUUUUGCUUUUUUCUUCUUUUUCUUUUCUUUUUUUAUUUGUUUGCAUCCCCCCCUUCCCCCUUCUGGUGGAAGUGCGCUUUUCCACCUCCAAGACCCUGAAAGAAAGUGUCAGGAGCCGGUGCAAAUCCGGUUUAAGUUAAAGAAGACAUUUAGAAGUCCAAGAGGCCAAGCAGUUUGAAGAAGUGUACGAGAUUUUUUUUUUCUUCAAAGAAUAUAUUUUUAAAGAAGCCAGGCAGCCCACGACAAGCGACAGCAGUUAUUAUUAUUAUUUUUUGUCUCUUAUUUUAGACCGAGAGGUCUUUUUCUUUCCUUUUUCUUUUUUGCAAACAAAACAAAACAAACAAACAAACAAAAACAGCGUAGAAGAAGAAAAAGCAAAAUAAAGAAGAGGAGGAGGAAGAGAGGGCAAGAGAGGAAGGGGGGGAACACGCACCAACCCGGGCCGAGGAGGAGGCGCGCGGCGGCGGCGGCGGCUCGGACCCUUUCCUGGCCCCAUCAGUGCAGCUCUCCGGGCGAUGCCAGAAUAGAUGCCGGGGCAAUGUCCCGCCGCAAACAGGGCAACCCGCAGCACUUGUCCCAGAGGGAGCUCAUCACACAGGCUGACCAUGUGGAGGCUGCCAUCCUCGAGGAAGACGAGGGUCUGGAGAUAGAGGAGCCCAGCGGCCUGGGGCUGAUGGUGGGUGGCCCCGACCCUGACCUGCUCACCUGUGGCCAGUGUCAGAUGAACUUCCCCCUGGGGGACAUCCUGGUUUUUAUAGAGCACAAGAAGAAGCAGUGUGGCGGCAGCCUGGGUGCCUGCUAUGACAAAGGCCUGGACAAGGGCAGCCCGCCACCCUCCUCACGCUCUGAGCUCAGGAAAGUGUCUGAGCCGGUAGAGAUCGGGAUCCAGGUGACCCCCGAUGAAGAUGACCACCUGCUGUCACCCACGAAAGGCAUCUGCCCCAAGCAGGAGAACAUUGCAGGGCCGUGCAGGCCUGCCCAGCUGCCAGCGAUGGCCCCCAUAGCUGCCUCCUCCUCCCUCCCUCACACAUCCGCGAUCACUUCACCUCUGCGGGCCCUGGGCGCACUCCCGCCCUGCUUCCCGCUGCCCUGCUGCAGUGCGCGCCCAGUGUCGGGCGACGGGACUCAGGGUGAGGGUCAGACGGAGGUUCCCUUUGGAUGCCAGUGUCAGUUGUCAGGUAAAGAUGAGCCUUCCAGCUACAUUUGCACAACAUGCAAGCAGCCCUUCAACAGCGCCUGGUUCCUGCUGCAGCACGCGCAGAACACGCACGGCUUCCGCAUCUACCUGGAGCCCGGGCCGGCCAGCAGCUCGCUCACGCCGCGCCUCACCAUCCCGCCGCCGCUCGGGCCCGAGGCCGUGGCGCAGUCCCCGCUCAUGAAUUUCCUCGGUGACAGCAACCCCUUCAACCUGCUGCGCAUGACGGGCCCCAUCCUGCGGGACCACCCGGGCUUCGGCGAGGGUCGCCUGCCCGGGACUCCGCCGCUCUUCAGCCCGCCGCCGCGACACCACCUGGACCCGCACCGUCUGAGCGCCGAGGAGAUGGGGCUCGUCGCCCAGCACCCCAGUGCCUUCGACCGAGUCAUGCGCCUGAACCCCAUGGCCAUCGACUCGCCCGCCAUGGACUUCUCGCGGCGGCUCCGCGAGCUGGCGGGCAACAGCGCCACCCCGCCGCCCGUGUCUCCGGGCCGCGGCAACCCUAUGCACCGGCUCCUGAACCCCUUCCAGCCCAGCCCCAAGUCCCCGUUCCUCAGCACGCCGCCGCUGCCCCCCAUGCCCCCGGGCGGCACGCCCCCGCCGCAGCCGCCCACCAAGAGCAAGUCGUGCGAGUUCUGCGGCAAGACCUUCAAGUUCCAGAGCAAUCUCAUCGUGCACCGGCGCAGCCACACGGGGGAGAAGCCCUACAAGUGCCAGCUGUGCGACCACGCGUGCUCGCAGGCGAGCAAGCUCAAGCGCCACAUGAAGACGCACAUGCACAAGGCGGGCUCGCUGGCAGGCCGCUCCGACGACGGGCUCUCGGCCGCCAGCUCCCCCGAGCCCGGCACCAGCGAGCUGGCCGGCGAGGGCCUCAAGGCGGCGGACGGCGACUUCCGCCACCACGAGAGCGACCCCUCGCUGGGCCACGAGCCCGAGGAGGAGGACGAGGAGGAGGAGGAGGAGGAAGAAGAGCUGCUGCUGGAGAACGAGAGCCGGCCCGAGUCCAGCUUCAGCAUGGACUCGGAGCUCAGCCGCAACCGCGAGAACGGCGGUGGCGUGGUGACCGGCCCGGGGGGCGUGGGCGUGGGCGUGGGCAGCGCGGCCAAGGCGCUGGCCGACGAGAAGGCGCUGGUGCUGGGCAAGGUCAUGGAGAACGUGGGCCUGGGCGCGCUGCCCCCGCAGUACGGCGAGCUCCUGGCCGACAAGCAGAAGCGGGGCGCCUUCUUGAAGCGCGCAGCCAGCGGUGGGGACGCGGGCGUGGACGAUGACGACGCGGGGGGCUGCGGGGACGCGGGCGCGGCCGGCGCGGUUAACGGGCGCGGCGGGGGCUUCGCGCCGGGCACCGAGCCCUUCCCGGGCCUCUUCCCGCGCAAACCCGCGCCCAUGCCCAGCCCGGGGCACAACAGCAAGCGCAUCAAGGUGGAGAAGGACCUGGAGCUGCCGCCCGCCGCGCUCAUCCCCUCGGAGAACGUGUACUCGCAGUGGCUCGUGGGCUACGCGGCGUCGCGGCACUUCAUGAAGGACCCCUUCCUGGGCUUCACGGACGCACGCCAGUCGCCCUUCGCCACGUCCUCCGAGCACUCGUCCGAGAACGGCAGCCUGCGCUUCUCCACGCCGCCCGGGGACCUGCUGGACGGCGGGCUGUCGGGGCGCAGCGGCACGGCCAGCGGGGGCAGCACCCCGCACCUGGGCGGCCCGGGCCCCGGCCGGCCGAGCUCCAAGGAGGGCCGGCGCAGCGACACGUGCGAGUACUGCGGCAAGGUGUUCAAGAACUGCAGCAACCUGACGGUGCACCGGCGGAGCCACACCGGCGAGCGGCCUUACAAGUGCGAGCUGUGCAACUACGCGUGUGCGCAGAGCAGCAAGCUCACGCGCCACAUGAAGACGCACGGGCAGAUCGGCAAGGAGGUGUACCGCUGCGACAUCUGCCAGAUGCCCUUCAGCGUCUACAGCACCCUGGAGAAACACAUGAAAAAGUGGCACGGUGAGCACUUGCUAACUAACGACGUCAAAAUCGAGCAGGCGGAGAGGAGCUAAGUGCACGCGCACUCAGGCGUGGGCCGGGCGCGGCGCGCGCCUGGACAGGGGCACCUGACUUGCCUCCGCUCACCGCCACUGAGCGCCCCGCCCCUGCGUGUCCUCGGGGCCCAGGGCAGGCGGCACCCCAACCUAACCUGUGUCUGCGAAGUCCUAUGGAAACCUGAGGGUUGAUUAAGGAGUAAAAAUUGUGGAGCCUUUUAACUGUGCAAUAAUUUCUGUAUUUAUUGGGUUUUGUAAUUUUUUUUGGCAUGUGCAGGUACUUUUUAUUAUUAUUCUUUCUGUUAAAGUUCCUUUAAAAGAUUUCGUUGAGUAUCUAUCCAUCCCUUCUUCAUUUUUUUUUCACCCAGUAGUCUGAGCAAUGACUCGCAAGCAAUGUAGAUGGGAAGCAUAUCUUUUAAAUUAUAAUUUUUUUUCGGGGGGAGGGUGCUGCUUUUUUGAAAUUUAAGCUAAGCAUGUGUAAUUUCUUGUGAAGAAGCCAACACUUAAAUGACUUUUAAAGUUGUUUACUUUUUUAUUCCUUCCCCCCUCGGUUUUUGUUUUUGUUUUUGUCCUAAAAUAAAAUGUGGCAUGCAUUUCUUUGGUUUUUUUUUUUUUUUUUUUUUUUUUUGAGGGGGGGUGUGGAUGUACAGCGGAUAACAAUCUUUAAAAAUCGUAGCACUUUGUUUCAGGAUUGGAAUGGAGAUGUAGCACUGAUGACAGUCAUGGAGGCCUUUUCUGUGUUGGUUUCAACUGUUGCAUUGGAUUAAGGGAAGCUUGCAGUGGGGGGCAUUGGGGAGGGACCACAAGCGCGGUUUCCGGGCUGCGCUGGGAGGGGCACACAGGUGUGCGUUACCAGCACGCAUUGCCCUUUUGUGGUGUGUUGAGGCCCCAGCGCCCGCUCUGCAGAUUCGGCUGCGUUACAUGGGCCCAGGGUACUUAUUACUGGAUAGGUGGUGGUGGCCUGCAGUGACACAGAAAGGAAACAUCCCCUGGUGUUCUCCAGGCUUCCGACUUAACCACUUCUCUUUCUCACCCCACGCUCUGAUUCCCAAGUGUACGUUGCUACACCUGGUAAUUGACCAUUUACUUCUCAAGCAGAUAGACAUCCUGAUGGGAAAACGUUGAAGUUAGUGUCCUCUUGUGCCAUGCACACUGGUGACCUUGUAGAGACAGGGGGAACGUUGCAAAUUUCUGCUCCCUUUUCCUGGAGAAGUGGGGGAAGAGUCCCAUCUGGAGGUGCCCAGCACUAUUUCCCAUUUUUUUUUUUUUUUUUUUUUUGCUCCGAUUAGGUUGCGAGGUACUAAACGUUGGACUAUUAGGAUUAGACAUUUGAAUUCUGUUGACCCGCACUUUAAAGCUUUUGUUUGCAUUUAGAUUAAAUGGCUUCUAAACAAGAAAUUGCAGCAUCUGCUCUUUGGCCCAGAGGUGGGUUAAACUGUAAGGGACAGCUGAGAUUGAGUGUCAGUGUUGCUAAGCGUGGCAUUCACAAUACUGGCACUAUAAAGAACAAAAUAAAAUAAUAAUUUAUUGGACAGUUUUUCUACUGCCAUUCAAUUUGAUGUGAGUGCCUUGAAAACUGAUCUUCCUAUCUGAGUCUCUUGAGACAAAUGCAAAACUUUUUUUUUUUUUUUAGAUAAAAAGACUUUUUAAAAAAGUAAACAAGGAAAGUACAUUCUUUAGACACAAACAAAGCCACAUUUUCUUUAAUUAAAAAAAUUCCUGGUUGAAGAUAGAGGACAUGAGACCCAAUCAAAUGAAGAAUUAAACCCAGCACAACCGUGGACAUCCUUUAGCUGAAUUAUCCUCAGCCCCUUUGUUUUCGGGACAACGCUGCUUAGAUAUUGGAGUGGAAGUGAUUUACUGCUGAAUUAACACUCAAGUGACACAAGUUGAUAUCAAAUGAAAAAACAAAACAAAAAAACAAUUCAGGAGCAACGACUAAUUUUUUCUAAAGUUAAAUUUAGUGCACUCUGUCCUAAAAAUACGUUUACAGUAUUGGGUACAUACAAGGGUAACAAAAAAAUUGUGUGUAUGUGUGUUGGAGCGAUCAUUUUUUUUUUUCAAAGUUUGCUUAAUAGGUUAUACAAAAAUGCCACAAAGGCUGCGUGUAUAUUGUUUUCUUUUGGUGACGGGGUUUUAGUAUAUAUUAUAUAUAUUAAAAUUUCUUGAUUACUGUAAAAGUGGACCAGUAUUUGUAAUCAUUGAAAAUGCCUGGGCAUUUUACAAAACAAGAAAGAAAAAAAAAACUUUUUUUUCCUUGAAAAUGUUGCAGUAAAAUUUAAAUGGUGGGUCUAUCAAUUUGUUCUUGUCACAGUAACUGUAAAGUCGGAGUUUUAGUAAAUUUUUUUCUGCCUUGGGUGUUGAAUUUUUAUUUCAAAAAAAUGUAUAGAAACUUGUAUUUGGGGAUUAAAAGGGGAUUGCUACACCAUGUAGAAAAAGUAUGUAGAAAAAAGUGCUUAAUAUUGUUAUUGCUUUGCAGAAAAAAAAAAAAAUCACAUUUCUGACCUGUACUUAUUUUUCUCCUCCCGCCUCCCUCUGGAAUGGAUAUAUUGGUUGGUUCAUAUGAUGUAGGCACUUGCUGUAUUUUUACUGGAGCUUGUAAUUUUUUAACUGUAAGCUUGCCCUUUUAAAGGGAUUUAAUGUACCUUUUUGUUAGUGAAUUUGGAAAUAAAAAGAAAAAAAAAAACAAAAACAAACAGGCUGCCAUAAUAUAUUUUUUUAAUUUGGCAGGAUAAAAUAUUGCAAAAAAAAUUUGUAUGUUAAGUCCUAUUGUACAGGAGAAAAAAAAAGGGUUGUUUGACAACCUUUGAGAAAAGACAGGAGGAAGCAGUUCAGCGUGAUUUGGUUCACGAACCAUUUUAGUUGUAUAUAUUUUUGUCGGAAUUGGCCUACACAAAGAACUGUUGGAGCUGGGCUUCGAGCUCAGUGCCCCGAACUUUGCCCCAGGGCGCCUUGGCAGGGGCCGCAGCAGACUGGAUGGGAAACGCGGUAUUUGUGUUGAGCGGAAAAAUCAGUCUGUGUGAAGACCUUGGUCACCUUCCACGGUGGCCUCCCUUCCUCUUAGAGGGCAUCUGUGAGCUGGCAGGUGCAGGAGAGACGAGGUUCCCUUCCUUCUCUGCUGUCGCCACUGAGGCGGUCACCACCACCUCUGCCGCCCUCCUCUGUCCUCGGGGCAGAGAGAAGUGCAAACCAAGCUGCUUUCGUCCCUUGGGAAGACGGGAACCACGCGAGCGAGCCCUAGUGCAAGGCGCUGGCGGUCGGUCGGCAGGGUCCGCCGGGGCCGGUGCAGGCGCCUUCCAGCCGGGCCGGCACCCAACCUUCCCUCCCACGGACACGUUGGCCUGUUUUUCUUCCCUACUUUGCUGCUUUUCUCUCCGAAACCUACAUGCCGUCAGUUUCCGAAUGCCGAGGCCUGGGAUGAAUGAAUUCGGUGCCUUUCCAUCCAUCUCUCCUUCCUCUGCAUUUCCCCGCAUCCUCCAGCCUCUGUCUGCCUUCUUUCUGUUCUUUUCUGUUUAUUUCUCUCUCUUUCUGUCCUUCCUGCCCUGCCUUUUUUUUUUUUUUUGUAAAGCCAAGUAGCUUUAAGACGAAAAAGUGGUGGUCUUUUGGAUGAGGGAAUAAUGCAUUUUUAACAAAUACCUAUAUCAGGAAGCCAUUUUUUUAAUUUCAGGAAAUGUAAGAAACCAUUAUUUCAGGUUAUGGAAGUCUAACCCAGCAUCCUGCUAGGCAAUUCUUUACCAAAUGCAGAAGUCGUUCUUCUGGGAGCUUUUCUGUUGGCGCUUCCCCCCUUGCCGCUCAUCUUUGCAAGGUUAAAAGCAAGGGGCAGGGCCGUGGGUCAGAAAGCAGAGUUUUAUAGUCCCUACCUGCUACCCCGGGACCAGGGCUGCCUUCCUUGCCCCGGCCCCAGCCCUGGCCCCGGCCCGUUAGCUGCUCUGGAGCCCCGCAGUGGUCCUCCUGCGGCUAUCACAGGUGGCCAGCGCUCACCAGCUCACAAAAAUCACCAGAAUGCCAGGACUAAGCCAUCCUAAAGCACAAGGAUUGUGUGUCUCUGUGGACCGCAGAGAGAAGAGAAUUUUGCUUCUCUUUUGUGUUUAAAAAAAAUUAUCCACCCCGAAGCAGGUGACCCAGAGAGAGGGCUCUAGCCUGGGUGACCCAGCCAAUCUGGGGCCGGGUUCCACACUGCCACAACUUUGCCCAAAGUUGCCCCCUAUUGGAACCUGCCACUUGCCAUUGGAGAGUCUUUCAAGGGGAGAGGAGACUGAAUUACUCUUAAGCAAAAUGUGAAACGUAAGGAAAUCAGCCCUGCAUCCCGGCCCGUCCAUCAGCCGGAGGUUUGGUUGAACACAGGCGAAUCUGUGUUUUGGUGCUCUUUGUAUCUCAGCCCUGCAAAGCAAAGUUACAUUGAUUUCAGUUGUUUGCAUUUGUACUGGCAAGGCGAAAUAUUUUUAUUACCUUUUCUAUUACUUAUUGUAUGAGCUUUUGUUGUUUACUUGGAGGUUUUGUCUUUUACUACAAGUUUGGAACUAUUUAUUAUUGCUUGGUAUUUGUGCUCUGUUUAAGAAACAGGCACUUUUUUUUUUUAAUUAUGGAUAAAAUGUUGAGAUGACAGGAGGUCAUUUCAAUAUGGCUUAGUAAAAUAUUUAUUGUUCCUUUUAUUCUCUGUACAAGAUUUGGGGCCUCUUUUUUCCCUUAAUGUCACAAUGUUGAGUUCAGCAUGUGUCUGCCAUUUCAUUUGUACGCUUGUUCAAAGCCAAGUUUGUUCUGGUUUCAAGUUAUAAAAAUAAAUUGGACAUUUAACUUGAUCUCCAAA